AUGCGUAAGCACCAUCCGUCAGGGCGCCAAAUCACCAGUAAAAACAGCUUAUUUACUGCAGAUCGCCAAAGACGGACGAAGUUUACAGUCAUUCCCUUAGGAUCAACGGUUUUGCGAGAAAGCCAGCCGAUAUCGGAGGAAACCAUUCUAGAAGUAUUUGAGAAUAAUUUGCAGACACAAUAUUCCCCUGCCCAGUUGGAAUUUUUUCCCAACUACUUGCUGAUUAGCCGAAAAAGGGAUCAGGAGAGCUAUCCUUAUACGCACUUUAUACACUUUUAUCAAUGCUCAGAAGUUCCGGAUGUAUUCAUGUGGUAUACAAGAGAUGAGUUCACUGGCAAACGUGUGUACGAUGCAUACAUGUGCCAAUCAGAAAAGGAGGUGAAGGCUAUACGGGACCAGCUCUAUCAAGCAACAUCGAAAUCCCUUCGAAUCUUCACUGAUAUCCCCGGAUACCGUCGAAGCAGAUUCUCCCCAGUAUCCACUGAAGGGACUGACUUAGGAGAAAAAUACGACGAAAAUGGCUUGCUGGAAGUACACGCAUCAUACAGCGAUGAUUCCUCUGCGUCUCAUUCGAUUACUUCGAUUGAACAUUGGGAUAUACCCACAGAAUUCGGAUCCAGUAGACCAAAACGGAUGCAUCGGAUCAGACACCAGAUCUCCGAAGUUCCCACCUUAAACCCGAUCGUUGUUUCAACGCCCUUUCCAGGAACAGGGUGUAAUGGUCCGAGAUCUCGGCGUUCAGCCUCAAGAUCUAGAAGUCGGAGGACAGCUUCUACCCUAAAAAUGUACAAACAUGUGAACAGAAGCACUAUUGUUGAACAUGGUGACGGGACGUUCUAUGCAGCUGUUCGAGGAGUUAUUUACCAGUACAGAGGCAUC